UUUGCAAGAUUGAAAGCACAAGGAAAGCACAUCACAUUAAAAUUAUACAUUAUUUGAAUUAAUGUUGAACAAUUGAAUACAAAUUUAUCCGCGUUUAACUAUACCUUUACAGAAUAACUGUGAUUUUUAAUAAUCCUACUACACAUUUCCAAAUUUUAAGACAGCAAUAUAUCAAUGAAGUUCACGUAAAAUUGUGCAACAUCUCUUCAAACUCGAUUGUACAGCAAAUUGUGCUCACGUCCAGAAUGUGUCCUCUAUGGCCGUUACAUCUCAUUAUAUUGUACUUGCUAGCGCUGGGUCCGCUAUGGGUACUGUGCCAAUCCGUACCCAACCUCAUAGCAUCGUUCAAUCCUAAGGAAAUCGAGCUAAACAUGGGAGAUAACUACUUCGUGCAUGUCAAUGUAUCAGGUACAGGCCUCAAACCAAAUGACGAGAUAAUAGCAAGGGUGGACAAAACGCACAUAGCAGAUACGGAGUGGAACACGACGUAUCGUUUGACGGAAGACGAUGCGAAUGGCGGCCUGUUUACAGGAUUAUUGAAAGUCAACGCUAAUUUUAUAGGUAGAACAGAGAUAGUGAUAGAAGCGAAAAGAGAGAAGCAGAGUUACCCAGCAAAUGGUACGAUGCCGGUGAUCGUGGUGCGGCCGUCGAGGGUUAUAGACAAACUGUUUACCACCAGUGUUGCUGUAUUUGUAUCGUUAAUCUUCAUAAACUUCGGUUGUGCGAUGCACUGGCCUACCGUAAAGGAGGUGUUGCUAAAACCCGUGGGCCCGAUCAUUGGAAUGUGUGGACAGUUUCUGUUCAUGCCAUUGAUAUCCUUCGCUUUGGGUUAUCUAAUAUUCCCGGAAUCGCCUGCUAUGCGUUUGGGCAUGUUUUGUGUAGGAGUGUCGCCCGCGGGAGGGGCUUCUAACAUAUGGACCUUUAUUUUGGGAGGCAAUCUCAAUUUGUCACUCGCUAUGACGUCUAUAUGCACUUUGGCGUCUUUUGCGUUCAUGCCGGCCUGGCUAUUUUCGCUCGGUCAAAUAGUAUUCGCAAACGCGAACAUUGUAGUACCAUACCCUCGUAUAGCGACGUUCGUGGUAGGGCUGAUAGUGCCCUUGUCUAUAGGGCUGGCGAUGCAAAGGUUUACACCUAGGGCUGCCACAUUCAUGGUGCGGAUUUUAAAGGGCUUUUCGACUACCCUACUGUUGUUCGUGAUUGUGUUCGCUAUUGUGACGAAUUUGUAUAUUUUCGAACUGUUUACUUGGCAGAUAAUCAUAGCCGGUAUGGGUAUACCCUGGCUAGGUUAUGUCCUAGGUUAUCUAGUAGCUGUAGCCUGCAGACAGAACCAUCCAGAUGCGUUGGCUAUAUCCAUAGAAACAGGCAUACAGAAUACGGGCAUUGCGAUAUUCUUGUUACGAUAUGCUCUGCCGCAGCCUGAGGCUGAUUUAACUACUGUGGUUCCUGUAUCAGUGGCCAUCAUGACGCCGAUACCUAUGACGCUCAUCUAUAUAUAUCAGAAAUUAAAGAGUUGUAGUUCGGAAGUAUGCGAAGACGAAAUGAGCACAAAAAAAUCAUCGAAGAUAGUUCACCAGUAUCAGAAGGACCAAACGCCAGCUUCGAUGGAACCGUUGAUGUCACAAAAUAAAGAGGUUUAAUAUUAAGCUUUAAUCGUAAUGAAAUAAGAUCGAAUUUCCUAUAUCUCAUGUCUUCAAUCGGCCUAACUCGCAAUAUUUUUAUAACAUUGUAUUUUGAACUCUAAUGCCUUUGAUAGAAGUGUUAUUUUGACUUGAACGUUUUGAAGCGUAAAUGUAUUUCGAAGCUUUAAAUGAGAAAUAUUUAUAUUUGUUAUUAUACCAGUGAGUAUAUAACAUGAUGAUUUAUUAUUAGUGUGUUAAAUCGAAACUCAACACGAUUGUAACGCAUUCAAUAAUAAAGUUAUAACGGACAGAAAGAAAUACAUUUAUAUUCACAUAAAACUUUUAAGGUUAAUAUAAACUGCCUUAAAUUAUGUUUCCUAUUUGUUGAUAACACAGAAAAUAUAUUUCUUGUAUUAAAAGACGCAACUCAACACGACUUAAAUACACUGGAAAAUGUGUUUUGUGUUAUUUAGAAAAUUCGAGUCAGUUUAUAUUAAUAAUUUACAGAUAUAAAGAAAAAAAGGCUUUAUUCUUAUGUAUAUAAGUCACAACUCAACACGACUUAUAUACAAUGCAUAAAGAUAUCUUUAGUCACUGACAUUUUGUACCAACAGGGCUAAAAUAAAACUGCCUUUAUGAUGCUUCUAGUGUAGAUUUACACAGAGAAGAGAAUUUAUUUAUUAUAGAAAGUUUAGAAGUCGCAACUCAACACGGCUUUAAAACACUUGUCAAUUACAAUUUAAAUAUUUAUCACUGGAAAGCCUAUGUAAAAACGCCUUAAAUAGAUGAAAAUCGAAUAGAGAAAAGAAAGAAGAGGAAAGUUAUAAUAACUUCCGUCGUCUGUUUAGUGUAGGUCGAUACUCAACACGGCUUCUAAACACUUGACAAGCAAUAUAUGAGAUGGUUAUUGUUCAAAGGUGUUUCGAAUAACCAAUUUUAAACCACAAACAGGGCUUAUAGUGAAAAUUCGAGACAAUACGAAAUAAUUUUAUGUGCUUAGAAGUCGCAACUCAACACGACUUCAAUGCACUUAUAACGGUUUUUGGAAAAGUGAUAACGUCUAAUAUAUGAACUCAAUGAAUAUUAGAUUUAUCAAUUGUGUUACAAAGUCGCAACUCAACCCGGCUUAAAUGCAAUACUUGAUAAAUCAUUUUGUAUGAUUUUUUUAAAGACCGUGUGUCUUGGUGACCAAAAAGAAAUUUUUAGUGUUCCUGCAACAUUAGAAAAAGUCCCAUUUUCAGUGUCUAUUCUACUUAGCACGGAAAAAUCAUCAUUAUUAUUCGUUCAUUAAAAAGUUGAUACUCAACACGACUUUUUAUGCACGACAUAUUUCAAAAUUAUAAGGCCAGUGUGAAACCGCCUUAAUGCCUCG